GAGCACGGGCUCCCUCGGUCGGAUACGGUGCGGGCGGGCUCAGGAGGGGCGGAGCCGGCGGCAGAGAGUGAUUCGGGCGGGCGUAACUGCGAACUUUUGUUUGGUGUGUUGUGUGAGUUAGUUUCCGCCGCCGGGACAGAGGCGCCGGCCGGGCUGGGCCGGGCUCGGGGAAGCGCCGCACGGCCAGAGUUGUUUUGCCAGUUGCCGCGGGCGGGUCGGCUUCCCGACCGAGGGGUGAGAAGCACCGGCGACAGCAGGACGAGCCCGCGGCCCGGGGAGCGGGGCAUGCGGGACUGGGAAUCCGGGCUCUGAGCCGCCGAGCCCCGCCAGGGAAGCGCCGGGGGGUCCCGACGGAGCCAUGGAUCCUGGGCAGCCUCAAACGCAGCAGCCGCCGCAGGCAGCGCAGCCCCCGGCCUCGCAGCAGCAGCAGCCGCCGCCGCAGCCCCCUGGCCCGGUGUCGGGGGCCCCGGCCGGCGCGGCGCAGCCCCCUGGUGCGGGGCCCCCUCCGGCGGGGCACCAGAUCGUCCAUGUGCGGGGCGACUCGGAGACCGACUUGGAGGCGCUGUUCAACGCCGUGAUGAACCCCAAGGGCGCCAACGUGCCACACACGCUGCCCAUGCGACUGCGGAAACUGCCCGACUCCUUCUUCAAGCCGCCCGAGCCCAAGGCCCACUCCCGCCAGGCCAGCACUGAUGCCGGGACAGCAGGAGCCCUGACCCCUCAGCAUGUCCGAGCUCAUUCCUCUCCAGCAUCACUGCAGCUGGGAGCUGUUUCUCCAGGGACACUUACACCCUCUGGAGUAGUGACUGGACCUGGAGCUCCAUCUUCUCAACACCUCCGCCAGUCUUCUUUUGAGAUCCCUGAUGAUGUACCUUUGCCACCAGGUUGGGAGAUGGCUAAGACACCAUCUGGACAGAGAUACUUUCUUAAUCACAUUGAUCAAACAACAACAUGGCAAGAUCCUAGGAAGGCCAUGCUUUCCCAGAUGAAUGUUACAGCUCCCACCAGUCCUUCUGUGCAGCAGAACAUCAUGAACUCAGCAUCAGGCCCACUCCCCGAUGGAUGGGAACAAGCUAUGACCCAGGAUGGAGAAAUUUACUACAUAAACCAUAAGAACAAGACCACAUCUUGGCUAGACCCAAGGCUUGACCCACGCUUUGCCAUGAAUCAGCGAAUCAGCCAAAGUGCUCCAGUCAAACAGCCACCUCCUCUGGCUCCUCAGAGUCCCCAGGGUGGUGUGAUGGGAGGGAGUAGCUCCAAUCAGCAACAACAGAUGAGACUUCAGCAGCUACAGAUGGAGAAAGAAAGGCUGAGACUGAAGCAUCAAGAACUGCUUCGGCAGGUGAGGCCACAGGAAUUGGCUCUCCGUAGCCAGCUUCCAACAAUGGAACAAGACGGUGGAUCUCAAAACCCGGUGUCAUCUCCUGGAAUGUCUCAGGAACUGAGAACAAUGACUACAAAUAGUUCUGAUCCCUUUCUUAACAGUGGAACAUAUCACUCCAGAGAUGAAAGCACAGAUAGUGGACUUAGCAUGAGCAGUUACAGUGUACCCAGAACCCCAGAUGACUUCCUGAACAGUGUUGAUGAGAUGGAUACAGGUGACAGUAUCGGCCAAAGUAACAUACCAUCCCAUCAGAACCGUUUCCCAGACUACCUUGAAGCCAUUCCAGGGACAAAUGUGGACCUUGGGACACUGGAAGGAGAUGGAAUGAAUAUAGAAGGAGAAGAACUGAUGCCAAGUCUGCAAGAGGCUUUGAGCUCUGACAUCCUUAAUGACAUGGAAUCUGUCUUGGCAGCCACCAAGCUAGAUAAAGAGAGUUUUCUUACUUGGUUAUAGGGGCCUCAGGGAGACUGAAUUCUAAAUCUGUGAAGGAUCUAAGGAGAUUAGGACAUCUGUAUCUGAAGUUCAGAACAAGCCAGUGUGGUGCACUUUGGCUUGUGUUCAGAAAAAGUAAAUGAACAAAUACUCAACAAGUUUGUUUGGGUUUGCUCUUCCUUGUCCAUCGCUGCUGUUAUAUAUUGCUGACUUUUUUUCACAGUUGACUCUGAAGAACAGACAUCUUGAUCUUUUUCUAUUGCUGUUGCAACUACUGUUGGAGGGGGGGUGGGGAGGGAUGAUGAGCCUAUUUUGGAUGACGAAUGCCAUUCCUUUUGUCCUAGUGUGCGCUUGCGUAUCAUUUUAUCUAAGUACUCAGAUUUGAGAGUUAAUUUCUGCAUGUCACUGCUUGUAGUUUGCUCAGCUAGUUGUCUCCUGCUGCCUGUGGCAAGUGGUAAAACAUGACAUACUGGGGUGACAAGCCAAAAAUGAUGUAUCUGGUCAAAAGAAGUCAAUACUGAUUUGGAGAUACGACGUAAAGGAGGGCUGAAGACUGUUUGGCAUUAAGUGUUCCUACUAGUAGCUCUUGCAUUAGCCACAAAGUGCUCUUGUUUGUAUUUUAUGUUAUAGUAAAUCAUGAGUCAUUUUACAUAGAAACAUAUAUGAACUUCGUUGCCACAUACUCUAGCCUAACUUCCAUUUUUCAAAAAUACUUUGAUUAUUUUUGUUAGUUUGUUUAACUGUAGCUGUAGGAUGGGAGGUAAUUAUAGGUGUUCUGGGUUUUUUUUUGUAAUAGUGAAAUCUAAGGGUUUUUUCUGAUUUCACACAGUCUUAUUUAAAUCUAAAUUGUCUGCUUUUUUUAUACUUAAACCAUGCCUAUUGUAGCCUGAUAAGCUAGUGAGUACAUAAACAAGUAUGUUUUGCCUGUAACUUUUUUUUAUUUUUUAAAGGCUAGCUUUGAAUGUAAUCAUUAGAUUUCAUGACCAGUGGCUUAUUUUUCAUGAGUAUUUGCGAGACUUUGAAUUAGAAUCUGAUGACAGCAAUGUAAAACUUAGAAUCCUUUGUCAUGUGUACAAAUUUUAAAUGCAUCUUAAAGUAGCAGAACCAUUUUAAAAUUACAUCUUAUCUCUCUUCUGUUUUUCAGUUUUGAUCUCUGAGUUCAGAUUUGAAAAUCCUUAAUGGGAAAAAAAAAAUUAUGAAAAGUUUCUCUUAAGUUAACCUGGACAAAAAUUCUGAACUAGUAAUAUCACUGUCUGUUGCAAUGAAAAGGCUAGAACACCAAAAAAAGGUCUCAAUAAAAUCUUUUAAGUGUAAUAGUUUUAAGUGUAAAACUUUUAAGUGUAAUCAAGUUCUGUUUGGUGAAAAAUAAGCCCUGGACACUAUAUGUAGAAGAAUGUAAAGAUAUGUGUUAGAUGGUGACAUGAGCAGGUAAUGAAGUGUAUAUUAGUAGUAGAGCUUAGCAUGGGGUAGAGGUGAAUAUGAAUCAUUUUUAUUUUAAAAGGAAAAGAUGUAUCACUAAGUUGUCUGCAGGAGUUGACACAAGUUUCCAAAGAGUAUUUUAAAAUGAACAAAAUGAGCGUGAAUCAAACUUUCAAUAUAAGCUAAGAAUUUUUGUGGGGCUUUUGGGUUUUUUUCUGAUGAAAAAUAGUGUCACCAGUUAACACCUCUAUAAUUAAGGGCCUGUCACCAUUCUCAACAGUGAGCCUUUAUUUUCAAGGGUGUAUAACAUGACUAUAAAGAUACUGUAAGUGUGAAACUUAGUUUUGGAAAAAAACUCUCACUUAGCAGGGGCUUCUCCUGAGGAGAGAUUUUUUGGGGUUUACUGUUUUGUAUUUUUUUUCAAGACACUGAUUAUUUUUUAAGCUAGGAACAAAUCAGCAAAACAAACAAAAACCCCCAUGAUAUUACUAUUGCCAUUUGGAUUUCUUUUAUGCUUCAGAAAUAACUCUGGUUUAGGAUGAUGUAGAGAAUGAAAACUCUUAACCAAAUCCUAUUUUAAAAACUGAAGCAGCAGAGGCAGAGAUUUGAAAUUUGCCACUAUAAAUGUACAUUUACUACUUUACAUAAAUGUAUUAGUGUUUGAAAAACACAUAAUUUUAUGGCUUGUUAUGGGAUACAGGCAAGUUUUAAAAUAAUAAUUUUUAA